GGUACCCAGCGAUCACUUCGAGGCGAAAGUGCAACGUUCUAUUCACCGCGUGGAUUAUCUUAGACAGUUAACGGAUGCGGAUGCAGUCUGCAGUAUGUUGAAAUCAUUGUUGGUCUUUGAAACCGAAGAGAACAUUGAGAGAAUAACAAUUGCGUGCUCAUCGACAUAAGGAUAUUUGUAAAAACCUUCAGAUUGUUAUUUCCACAUAUAAUGAGAAAGUUUAAUCCGCAUGUAUCGUUUUAUUCUCGUUAUUGAAUGAGAAUGUGGUGGUUCUUCGUUUUAAUCGUUCACGCGACGGCGGUGAAUGGCUUGAGAUUGGCAGCUUACAUAUCGUCGGGAGGUCUUCACGGUGAAAUUCGGUUCGAACCGGCGGCUAAAAACGCGGUUAGAAUACGUCUGGCCCUUCAAACAACCCUCCAAUACCCGGACCAACAAUGGCUCUGGUCUGUGACAAAAUUCCCGGUGGAUUAUACGCUGGUCGAGGGAAGAUGCGAUCCAAAACACAUGGGAGAAACAGUCAUCGACCUGACAGAGAUCCUCGGGCCGCUGGAUAUGCCAGGAAACGAGACUGCGGUUAUAGAAGUACCAGAGCUUAGUUUGACCGGGAUAAAGGGUCUAUGGGGCAAGGGUUUACUUCUGCAAGACAUAUUAAGCACGAGAGUGAUAUGCGCUUCCAUAACGGUAUCGGAUAAAAACGAAGAAAAAUUGUCCGAAGCUCGUUUCCACGGGCCUGUCGCGGGCAGCAUAUGGUUCAGGUGGCUGCGUGGUCAUCCCGGGGACAAUUCGACCGAUGCGAUAAUUUACACGGACCUUUAUCAUGUUUCUCAGCACAAAACUGCGCCUCAAGACUUCACGGAACAUCAAUGGAAGAUAUACGUCACCGACAUCUUCGAUUCUGAGAAAGAAGACGGUGUCGACAACUGUAAUAUUCUGCAGACGUUAUUUGACCCGAAAAAUUCUGAACCUGGAAAAUCUGUCGGAGACAUUGAUUCCCGUUUGGGAAAAGUGAAGGUGGCCACCGAUUAUCAGAAGAAAUUGAAAACGGCUUAUCGAGACCCCGAACUGGGUCUAUUGCCUACCGAUUUCUUGGGGCCUCACAGACUCCUGUACAUCGUGAUAUUUCACCCGACACACGACGACUCGUUUUUGGCAUGUGCCAAGAUCAGACAUCGCAGACAAAUUACCGCCAAAGCCCUGAUAAACUCGAACGGUAUCAAAGGCGAGGUGACGUUAGUCCAGGAAUCUCCUUUCAAUCCAACCUGGGUGAACGUAUCCUUGUCACCGGUUAACGAUCUAGCAACGAGGCUGAGAUACGCGACUAAAAUAGCCUCAUACAAAAUACACAACUUGCCACAAAAGCCGUUCGGCAAUCUUGUCAGUGGUGAAAACCCUUGUCUUUCAACGGAUAGCGUAUUCGACCCGUUGAAAAUUCACAGCAACAACACACCACCGGCAGGAUUGGGAACCCAAGAUCAAUACGCAGUCGGUGAUAUUUCUGGUAAGCUUCAAGGACGAAAGGAAGGUUUUUACCAUAAUAACAUUGUCGCAAAUAGCGCCGAAUUGAGCGGAAUUUAUUGGGACACGUAUCUACCUCUGUCUGGGAUUCACAGUGUCGUGCACAGAUCGCUGGUUCUUCACAAGUAUAACGAAACGGACAAUACCGGUGUAUUUCCAUGGGUAUGUGGCAACCUAAUGCAUCACCUGCCCAACAACGCUGGACAAGUGCAAAUUUUCACCGCCGAAGUUGUAUUCAGAUAUCCGAUCGUUGGGAGGAUAAUAUUCAGACAACCGAAGCACGACUCCCUAAUGGACACGACAGUAAUAAUCGAAAAUUUGGUACACGCAGACGGUAGUUCGCUCAACAAUUCAGCCGGUCACAGAUGGAUGGUGCACGAAAAUCCUCCAGGAAAAGAUUACUAUAACUGGACAGCGCGAUGUUUGAGCGCAGGUAGUGCUUACAAUCCGCACAAGGUUUAUUGGGACCCCGAUCAUCCGGAAUGGUGUUCAGGGAGCCAAGUAACGCUCUGUCGUCUGGGCGACAUGUCGCGACACGAUACGCUUCAAAUUGCUGGAGGAAAGAAGCUCGGACCAAAACUUACUCGAAAAUUAUUUACCGAUCCGAUGCUACCUCUGACCGGAUCAACGAGCAUUCUGGGCAAGAGUUUAGUGAUUUACGACGAUCACGGACCCGUUGCUCGAGGAGAAAGAUUGGCCUGUUCGAUAAUCAGCGCGGUCUACAGACGAAAAGCUGUCGCCAGAGAUUGGUUUGCUAACGGUGAAGUAACGCGAGCGAAAGGAAAGUUGGAAUUCAUACAGCAAACGGAAUACGAUGUAACUGACGUUGAGGUCAGCCUAGAAGGACUGGUCGGCCAGAUGAGCAAGUACCAUAUUCAUAUGACACCGGUCGAAAUUGACCUGGAAUUUCCCUGUGAAGCUACUUCGCUGUACGGCCAGUGGAAUCCUUUAAAAAUUAACGAUAGCGAACUGCCUCUGCCUGCCGAAGGAACUGCAGAUCAGUACAAGAUGGGAGAUCUGAGUGGAAAAUUUGGCACGUUGGAUAGUCGAAAGAGGUACAACACUGUCUACAACGAUUCUUCGCUCCCACUCUUCGGACUCGAUAGCAUCUUGGGACGAAGCAUCGUUAUACACAAAAAGGAAAGAAACCUGAGGUGGGCCUGCUCCACAAUCGAAAGAGGAUAUUCGCCUUCCGAAGCCAGAGAAUUGAGGGCUAUUGCCUCAUUCCAUCAUCCGCAGGGGUUCGCCUACGGAUAUAUCAGAAUGACCCAGCUGGUGUACAGAGAUAACAGCAAAAGCGAGACAAUUAUAGAAGUUAAUCUUCGUCAUCCUGGGAAAUACGAUCGCAACGUGACAAGAAAUCACAACUGGGCAAUAUUCGUGAACCCUGUAGGAGUCGAUGCGACGGUCAAAGUACCGGCAACGAGAUGCGUGGCUGGUGGUUACAUAUGGAAUCCUUACUUUACACAGCUCGCAGAUCCGUUGAAUGAAGACCUUUACAGACAAGAGUGCGGACAUGAUUUACCGUUGCGCUGCCACGUUGGAGACAUUUCAGCGAGGGUAGGACCCAUCGACAUCGGCGUGAACCGUCAGGUUUUCACGGACCCGAAUUUCCCCCUAGAAGGUGCCGAAACCGCGAUGGGAAGGUCAAUCGUGAUAAUGGGCAAAGACUUUGGCAGGGACAGGUUCGCCUGUGCGAAUAUCGAGCCUGACAACGACAUCGUCAAGUACGUCAAUAUAAGGAAACCACCGAGAUUCGUUGUAGCGCAGUUCAUAGAGGAUGUAAGGGAACUUAUGGGGAUUCCGGAAUGGAUGCUUUCAGUGGACAGCAGGAAGACAAAAACCCUACACAGCGGAGGAUGCAUCCAAUUUCUGAUGCAUUUCAAGGGACCGAUUGCCAAUAAACUUGAGCUGGACUUUAGCAAGAUCAUGUCGACUGGAAAACUGGCGGCACCAAGCCUAGCGAUACCAGGUUUCGUUCCGACAAAACGAAGUAAGACUCUUGGAUAUCGCCAGUGCGGAGUUCGGGAUCCAAACGACAAAAGUUUCACCCUGUUCCAGUUCGGUUCAGCCGCGGUGCAACCAGUUCCUCAAUUAAAAAUAGUAUUAGGCUUAUGUGGCAUCGUAGUUUGCGGCUACCUGAUGUAAUUAUCAAAAGUAAUUAUUAAGAAAAA